CGAGGCGAUCGAUCUCUCGGCAUUCUGCUAGGAGCGUAGUCUAGCGGCUGAGUCGAGCUCUGAGUGAUCGAUACACUUUCACGUGCUUGAUGCCAGGAAGGACGAAGAAGGACAGCCCUGGUAAGGGCCAGGAACCGGAAAAUUCAUGAGGAUCAUCACUGCAAAGAAAGAAUUCUACCAAGCAAGCUGAGCCAUCUUGUGGGUCAGAUGUCAGAAGCCAGGCUUUCUGACAUUAAGAUGUCUACAACAUCUUCCCUGUCAGAAGAACUCAGGGCCUUGCUCCCACAGACCAAAGAGGGCCUCGAGUUAGACUUCAGUGAAAAGGUUGAAAAAAGUGUAGUGGCAUUACUUCAUCAAGCUAGAGAGCUUUUCUAUGAAGGCAAAAAGAAAGAAUGUCUGAAGACAAGUGAAAUCAUAACAGAUUACUCCUGGGAAAAACUUAAUACUGGAACUUGGAGGGAUGUGGACAAAGAAUGGAGACGAGUUUAUUCUUAUGGGUGUCUUUUGAAAGCGCUUUGUAUGUGCCUUAAGACGGAUGACAUAGCAGAAGCAAUAAGAGUCUGCGACAUGGGUCUGUUGAUGGGAGCGUCCAUACUGGGAAACAUUCUGGUUAAGGUGGUCAAUGUCCUUCAGAAGCAUCUUCAACAUGGGAAAAGACCUUCUGAAACAAGGGUUGAAGAACUGAGCAAAAAGAAAACCAAGAGUGACCAUACAUUGGCUCCAGCUGUAAAAUUAGGAACUGCAGUACCACAACUACAAUGCCCUUCACUUGAGUUUUUUAGGAAAAAUUAUUUGGUUCCACAAAAGCCUGUUAUUUUGGAGGGGAUUGCUAACCACUGGCCGUGCAUGAAGAAAUGGAGUUUGGAUUAUAUUCAAGAAAUAGCUGGCUGCCGUACUGUCCCAGUGGAAGUAGGAUCCAAGUACACUGAUGAAGAAUGGUCUCAAAGCCUCAUGACUAUCAAAGAAUUUAUCAGCAAAUAUAUUGUGAAUAAGCAGAAUGACAUUGGAUACCUUGCUCAGCAUCAACUGUUUGAUCAGAUUCCAGAACUGAAGCAGGAUAUUUGUAUACCAGAUUACUGCUGUCUAGGUGAUGGCGAAGAAGAAGACAUAACUAUAAAUGCCUGGUUUGGUCCAGCAGGAACCGUCUCUCCUCUUCACCAAGAUCCACAGCAGAAUUUUUUAGUCCAGGUACUUGGAAGAAAAUACAUCCAGUUGUACUCACCACAAGAAUCAGAGUCUUUAUAUCCACAUGAAACACAACUCCUUCACAAUACAAGCCAGGUGGAUGUGGAAAAUCCCAAUUUAAUUAAAUUCCCCAAAUUUACUAAGGCCUCAUAUGAGUCAUGUGUUUUAAAUCCUGGGCAGAUUCUGUUUAUUCCAGUUAAAUAUUGGCACUAUGUGCGAGCUCUGGAUAUCAGCUUUUCUGUCAGUUUCUGGUGGUCAUAACCAUUAUUAAAAGAGGAAUAAAAAAUAUAUAUAAUGCAAA